CAUCCUUAAAGUUAAAAAAAUGGAUUCUCAAAUUACUACUAACCUCGAAUGGUUGGCUACUUUGAGUAUUGAUAGAUCCGUUAAAAAUGUGCGUAAAACCUCAAUCAUCUGCACUAUUGGACCAAAAACCAAUAGCAUUGAUAUGAUUACAUCUUUACGUGAAACCGGAAUGAACAUUGUCCGAAUGAAUUUUUCACAUGGUUCUUAUGAUUACCAUAAAUCCGUUAUCGACAAUACACGUGAAAGUGUAAAACUGCAUCCCGGUAGACCUAUAGCAAUUGCUCUUGACACGAAAGGACCAGAAAUUCGGACUGGUAUUAUGCGCGAUGAUGUUGAGCUUCCUAUUUCUGCAGGACAUGAAAUGACUUUUAGUACAAAUGAUGAUUACGCAGAAUGCUGUGACUUAAAAGUAAUGUAUGUCGAUUAUAAAAAUCUUCCAAAAGUAAUCGGUGUAGGGAAACUAAUCUAUGUGGAUGAUGGCGUACUUUCAUUUGAAGUACUUAAAGUUCAUGAAGAUCAUGUUGAAGUAAAAGCAUUGAAUAAUGGUAAACUAUGUAGUAAAAAGGGCGUUAACUUACCUGAAACUGAUGUGGAUUUACCCGCAGUUUCCGAAAAAGAUAAGAAAGAUUUAUUAUUUGGGGUAGAAAAUGAUGUUGAUAUGAUAUUCGCAUCAUUCAUUCGUAGUGGACAAGAUGUUCGUGAUAUUAGAGAAAUUUUAGGAGAAAAUGGAAAAAACAUUAAAAUUAUUUCAAAAAUUGAGAAUCAACAAGGUGUGAAUAAUUUUGAUGAUAUUCUUAAAGAAUCUGAUGGUAUAAUGGUAGCUCGUGGUGACUUAGGCAUUGAAAUUCCUGCUUCUCAUGUUUUUGUCGCUCAAAAAAAGAUUAUCGCUAAAUGUAAUAUCGCUGGAAAACCUGUUGUUUGUGCUACGCAAAUGCUCGAGUCCAUGACUUUCAAUCCAAGACCUACUCGAGCUGAAGUUAGUGAUGUUGCUAAUGCUGUGCUUGAUGGUGCUGAUUGUGUCAUGCUUUCCGGUGAAACUGCAAAGGGAUCUUAUCCUAUCGAAGCUGUGAAAAUGAUGCAUGAAACAUGUGUCAUCGCAGAGUCAGUAGUUUGUUAUCCUCCUCUCUAUCAAGAAUUAAAACGAUCAACACUGUUGCCAACAGAAACGACUGAAACAGUGGCAUCAGCUGCAGUAUCAGCUGCACUUGAACAACAAGCUGGAUGUAUUUUAGUAUUAUCGACAAGUGGUAAUACUGCAAGACUUAUAUCUAAAUAUCGUCCAAGAUGUUCAAUUGUUACAGUGACAAGAAAUGAAAAAACUGCAAGACAUAUUCAUCUUUAUAGGGGUUGUUAUCCAUUUAUUUAUGAUAAACCUAGAAAUGAAGAUUGGCAAAUAGAUGUUGAAAAUAGAAUUAGUUGGGGUAUAAAUCGUGCUGUUGAACUUGGUAUACUUAAAAGCGGUGAUACAGUUAUUGCUAUUCAAGGUUGGAAAGGAGGUCUUGGAAACACCAAUACAAUACGUAUUUUAGCCGCUCCAUAAAUUUAGCUGUCAACGUCUUUUUUUACAUACAUUAUAUAACAUCUUUUAUUUUCUUAUAUGCUUUAUUCUUUGGCACUGAACAUUAUAUUUUUUUUUAUGUUUAAAUAAAACUUUUUAUCAAAUUAAUUAAGAAUACACACGAAUG